AUGUUGUUGCUUUUUUCGCAGCUCGCUCUUCUUGGACUUCUGACAGGGUUGGUGUUUACAGACGAGAGGAAGCAUUUCGGACUAAAGUUUGGUACUCAAGUUGGAGAUCAUAUCCUGAUUAAACUAGACAUGCAUCCACUACAGGAGGAAUUCUCAGUUUGUAGCUGGAUCAAGAGGAUCCCCCACUCAGAUCCAAUCCCGUACUGGUUUACAUACGCCUCACCCAGCAUAAAUUAUGAAAUCAUGAUAAGAGAUGAUGGGGUCUAUUGGAUUUUCAACCAGCGCUCAGACUUCAUGAGCAGUGUUAUCAGUCCUGAUAACGAGUGGAGACACCACUGUGUGACCUGGAGCUCAUCUUCCAGUCAGUUUCAAGUGUUCUACGAGGGUAAACUUAUCGGAACAGACAAUACCCCCACUGGUAGGAAGCUUGGUCUCAGCGGAAACAUCGCACUGGGAAAUAUAGUCAGGACAAACGGUCAGGUUACUUCACCUGAAUACAACUUUGGUGGAGAGAUGUUCAAAUUAAACGUGUCCACCAAGGCCUUGGAGGAGUCUGAAGUUAAGAUGAUGAAGGGGAACGGUCUGUGUUCUGAUUAUGAGGAUCAGUUCGGUCUAAAGAGAUAUAUCAGAUGGGAGGACCUGUUACAAGAGGAGAGGUAUGGGAACGUUACUUUGGUAGAUGUGGGGUGUGAGGCUGAGGGGAGGGCGGCAGUUUGGGACGUCUUGUACAGCAAGGAGUUCUACAACAAGAUUCUCACCAGCCAACUUCUUAACACCCUAACCAGCACCUGGGAUCAGCUAGAGCAUUUCGUGGGAUCCAAGAUAUCUGAGGGCUUCAUAAAACACUUCAAGUACGAGCAUGGAAAUAGUGACAAAUGUGACGAAGAUUAAUCAUCAGCAUGACCGCCUGUGAUGUUGUGAUGAAAUUCAUGAUGUUUCAUGAUUGGCAUUUAAGACUGAACAUUUUAGAAUCUGUUUUUCGCAAUGAGAGUUCAACAGCUUGAUUGAAAACAUGAUAUUUUUAAACCUUCAUUUGCUUUUAGACAAAA